AUGUCAAUUAUACAGCAUCACGAUGAAUACCUAACGUGUACUAUGUGGUACGUUGAGAGACGAAAUCCUGACUCCAACGUGGAGCCCGAUAUGGUGACAAGAAUCCAUUAUGGCCGCAAUGGAUCUCGCAAGUACACACAAGAUCAAAGAUGGCCACCACAA